AUCAUGACUGAACGCCAUACGUUUGGUGGUACGGUUAACCCCAUAACCUGCCAUGCGUGGAAUAAGGAUCGUUCCCAAAUCGCCAUCUCGCCUAACAACAACGAGGUGCACAUCUACAAGCGCGAAGGAUCGGAAUGGAAGCUGACCGAUGUGCUGAAUCAGCACGAUCUGCGCGUGAUGGGCAUCGAUUGGGCACCGAAUACUAACCGCAUCGUAACCUGUGCCGUCGAUCGGAACGCUUACGUGUGGACGCAGGGUGACGAUGGCAAGUGGAAACCAACCCUGGUACUGUUGCGCAUCAAUCGUGCUGCCACCUGUGUACGUUGGUCACCGCUCGAGAACAAGUUUGCCGUCGGAUCGGGUGCUCGGCUCAUCUCGGUGUGUUACUUCGAAUCCGAGAACGAUUGGUGGGUAUCGAAGCACAUUAAAAAACCGAUCCGUUCGACGGUCACGUCGCUCGAUUGGCACCCGAACAAUAUGCUGCUGGUGGCUGGUUCCACCGACUACAAGGUGCGCGUAUUUUCCGCCUUCAUCAAGGACAUCGAACAGCACCCGGAACCGACGGCCUGGGGACCGAAGAAACCGCUCGGCCAGAUUUUGGCCGAGUUUAAAAACUCGAGCAGUGGAGGCGGAUGGGUGCAUAGCGUAAGCUUCUCGGCCGAUGGCAAUCGGAUCUGCUGGGUAGGUCACGAUAGUGCGAUCAACAUCGGUAUGGCGAAUGGAGGGAAUGUGGGCAUUAAGCAGAAAACGGAGUAUUUACCGUUUUUGUGCUGCGAGUGGAUCUCGCCACACUCGAUCCUGGUGGCCGGACAUAGCUGUGUGCCGUUGAUUUACACCGUUGCAGAUGGUAAGAUUGUGCUGGCCGCUAAGCUGGAUCAAUCGACCAAGAAGGAACAGAGUGGCAUUUCGGCAAUGCGCAUCUUCCAGUCGUUGGAUCGUAAUUUGCGUACGGAAAAUUCGGACACCAAUUUGGAAUCGAUUCAUCAGAAUGCUAUCACGAGCGUUUGCGUGUACAGUGGAGAGAAAGGCAAUGUGCAGCGUGUCAGCACGUCCGGGCUGGAUGGACAGCUGGUCAUUUGGGACAUCGAUACGCUUACACGGUCCAUGCAGGGACUAAAGCUUUAAACACAAUGAUGGCGCACACCUGGCAAAAAGUAUUUC